AUGGAUUCCAGAGCAUAUGCAGGAGAAUCAGAUAAACCACAAGCUUUGAAUAAAUACAAUAAUAGAUAUGAUUCAGCACUUGUUGAUAAGGACGUGCUGUGUAUUAUCAUUGAUUACGAUGCCAAUCAAGGCUACCUGCGACGUGAUACUGAGCUCUUUGCCAAAGUGAUCAGCUACCUCAUAUUUCUGGCCAACGCCCAUUUGCUGCAGCGGCCUGCAAAUGAUUUGGCCAUUUUUGGCUACUCCAGUCGCUCCGUCAACUAUAUAUAUCCAGAGGAAUGCUAUGGCACGGUCUUCUUCAAUGACUCGAGCGAGUUGUUGUUCGAGGAAUUAAAUGAGAUGAGAGGCGAGUCCGAGUCCGAGUCCGAGUCGGAGAACCCGAGAAUAAAGCAGUCUUCCACAAGUCUCCUUUCUGGCACUAUUAGCAAGGCUUUGGCCUAUGUAAGAGUGAAGCACGUAAAGCGUUGCAAGUUAAUGCAAGGAUACUCAUCGUGA